UUCACUCGCACGAUGGCGCUCGCAUCAGCCCUGGUCACUCGUCUCAGUUCUCUUCACCGCGCCACCCCCCACGACGACACCGCGAGCGUCAUGUCCGAGGGUUCGUUCACCUUGUCCUCGCGUGCCUUGACGCGUCCGCGUACUCACCUUCCUUCGCGUGCCACAGACGCCGCCCCCUCCCUCGGCGUCUCCUCCGUCAGCUCCUCGUUCGACUCCCGCUCAUGCAACUCUGAGCCUUCGUGCUUGACCGAGGCCUCGGGUUCCAUGCCCCGCCCUAGGCAGAACGAGCAUCUCGCCGUUCUCCUCUCCAAGCGUCUCUGGAAGCCCGAUUCUCAGGCCGCCCAUUGCGAUACCUUCAUGUGCCGGAGGCCCUUCUCCAUCUGGGAGCGCAGACAUCACUGCAGGAAGUGUGGCGGUGUCUUCUGUGGUGACUGUUCCAACAGGACUACCACCCUCCUGGACGCUUCCAAGCUCGAAUUCCUCCACCCGCCCAGGAACGUGCCCAUUCAGGUCUACGAUUCCCCCAUCUCUCCUGUCCUCGAGUGUCGUGUUUGCAACGACUGCUUCGACCAGAUCCAUGGCUGCAAGACUCCCCGCUCUCCGGUGAUGUCCAAGGCCAGCCCUAUCGCGCUCGUUCGCAGCGCGGAGACGAGCUCCGGUCCUUCUUCCGUGUCUUCCUCUGUGGACACCCCGCCCGAGGGUGCCCCCAUCAACUCCAUCACUCCGCGUCCGGCUCUCCGUCGCACCCAUACCUCUCCUCGCAUCCCCACUUCGCCCCUGCGAUCCAACACUCCCAUCCCGCAGUCGAACGGUGUUCUCAUCGUCGACUCUGAGCUGUCCCUUGGUGAGCUCGACUCUUACCCGCUCAGGCGUGCUAGCAAAAUCUGCAAAGCCACUGGUGGUGGACGCUGGGAGCCGAAGCAGGUGCCAGAGUAUGUCGCGAAGCGCAUUCCCGGGUGCAAGGCUGCGUAUGAGCUGGAGCUUGAGCGCGAAGAAGAGGAGCGUAGGAUCCGUCGCGCCAACCCGAUAAUCAGGAACGGAGGUCAGUCGUCGUCUCCGACUCGGAGCUCCUGCCAGCAACUGAUGGGACGACUUUGACAGACUUCCAGCUCCGUCGCCCCCGCGAGAUGGAGCCGCGCUCUCCUGGAGGCCCCUUCACACUCUCCACCUUUUGAGUCGGGUGUUCCGGCUGAGGUGGGUAGGCUGUCCUUGCUUGCUUCACUCUGUAAUUGGUUCCACUGCCUGCUGUCUGUCGACCGUCUGUGACUGUCUGUUUGUGCGUGUAUGCUGUGUAUUAUCAUUAUUCUCGACCCGAUAGCUCGUCAUGCGCUGCUCUGUACUUUCUACUGUCGAUAUACCUGCCUUGUCGUUACCCUUAUCGCUGUUUAUACUCCUUCACUUAUCUCCUUGCCCCUUCUCCCCGAUCAUCUGAUUCCUCCGUCCUCGCUGCCUACAUCGCUCUCGACGCCUUGGACUCACUAGCUAUAAUUUGACCAAGCUCGAAGUUCUCCUCGCGCACUCCUUGCGCCCGCGUAUCUCCCCUUCCCGUCUCGACCGUGCAACGGCUCUCGUGACUGUAGACGCCUGUUUGCUACCGUAUGCCAUCCCUGUUAUAAUAGUGCUCGGUCUCUACUGUCGUACAGUACGUGUACUAUUGUGAUCCUAUGCCAUAAUCUGAUCUCUU